AUGAGGUCUUCAAGACACGAGGUCAAUGGUACUCAUCCCUACAACUAUGGCGGCUACCACAUGUUAAUCCUCAAAGGAAGUGAGAAGAAAAUCAAAGAUAGUGAUGAGCGUGAUAAAAGACAUGCUGAAAGAGAAGAACGGGCUCUGAAGAUUAAAUUCGAAGAAAAUGAUAAGCAGAGGGCACAUGAACUUGAGUUGCAAAAGGUCAGAGGAGCAACAUCUAACCCUAGCCAUGUGACAGUUGCUGUGGAUACUACUAGACCUCUUCCUUUUUGUGAUACUGAUGAUAUCACCGCCUACCUAGUAAGGUUUGAAAAGGUAGCAGUUUCUCUCAACUGGGAUCGGAACUCUUGGUCAGUUCAGUUAGCAUCACUUUUAAGAGGUAAGGCAUUAGAUAUCUACACGUCGCUCUCAGAUGACGUUACGAGUGACUAUGCAUCAUUGAAGGAAGCUCUUUUGAAAGGAUUCAAGAAGACUAGUGAGUGGUACAGGACAGCAUUUAAAACUGCAAAAAUGGAUUCCAAGAGCACAUAUGAACAAUAUUUGAAUAUAUUUCGAAAUUUUGACUUGUGGAUAAAUAGUCUUAGGAUAACUAAAGACUACAAAGAUUUGAGAAACAUUAUAGUCUGUGAUCAGUUCAUGUCUACUUUACCUAAGGAAAUGCGUCUUUUCCUUAAGGAGCGUAAACCUAGAACUCCAGAGGAUUAUUCAUCGUUGGCAGACACAUAUGCUUCAGCACACAAAUGUUAUCCUAAGGAUGAGCAGAAGUCCUUUAGGCACAAUGCUAAUGUAUCUAGUUCCAGUGACAAGAUCAGUAUGAGUGAGAAACCAGAGAAAACUAAUUCGUCACGUCCAGGUAAGAUUUCAUGUUACGGUUGUGGUCAGAGUGGACAUAUUUCAAGAAACUGUCCUAACAAGUUACCCAAAAAGAAAUCUGAAUCUUCUCUUGAGAUAGGACAAGUUCUGGAUAACACGGGAGUAUGUGGACCUAUGGUAUGUGGAACAGUGAAUGGUACUACAGUAUCUACAAUACUUAGAGAUACAGGUUGUACAGGAGUAGUGGUAUCAGAGGAUUUAAUUCCUGAUCCUGGAACAAAUUGUUCAUAUUCUACUCUUAUUGAUUAUUUGGGCAGGAAGGACAGAUUCCCUAUUGUCAAGAUUUAUUUGAAAUGUAGUUUCUUUACAGGUUGGGUUAAUGCUGUUCGGGCUCCAAUAAAGUACUGUACUGUCUUAUUAGGCAAUAUUCCAGGUGUUCAAGACCAUAAUUUGUUUCCUCGGAAAAAUACCGAUUCUUCCAUAGAAGUGAAUGCAGUAACCAGAGCACAGGUAAAAAGGAGAAAUGUUGUACACCCUCUUUCUUUACCAGAACCAUUUGAUAUAUCCAUUGAUCAUGAAUCUUUUCUUAGAGAACAGCAGAAUUGCGAAGUUUUGAAAUAUGCAAGAGAAAUGAGUCGGUCUGGUGAUGUCAAAUGUUGCAAGAAUGGGUUGCAGUACGAGUUCGUGAUGAGAAAUGGACUUCUCUACAGGAAAAUACAGAAUUGUAAAAAGCCACAGUUACUAGGAAAAGAACAGUUGGUUGUACCAGUUAAAUGCAUAAAAUUAGUUUUACGCCUUGCACAUGAUAUUCCGGUAAGUGGACAUUUUUCUCAUAGGAAAACCUUUAAUAAGAUUAAUGGAAUUUUCUGGUGGCAAGGUAUGACGUCUGACAUAUAUAAAUAUUGCAAAUCUUGUGAUGUAUGCCAAAAAUCUUCUCUUGUUGGAAAAGUAAAGAAGGCUCAGAUGGUUAAAUUACCAGUGAUCUCUACGCCAUUUUAUAGAGUGGCCAUAGACUUAGUGGGCCCGAUUUCUCCUCCUAGUGAAGCAGGUCAUAGAUAUAUUCUUACCAUGGUAGAUUAUGCUUCAAGCUUCCCAGAGGCAGUAGCUUUGAAGAACAUAACUUCUGAAGACAUUGCAGAAGCCUUAAUAUCUAUUUUUUCCAGAGUAGGAGUGCCAAAAGAAAUUCUUUCUGAUAGAGGACCACAAUUUCGAUCAGAACUUAUGUUGCAAGUACACAAGUUAUUAGGAGUCAAACCUCUUUUCAGUACCCCAUAUCACCCUGCUGCGAAUGGAAGAAUAGAAAGGCAACACCAGAUUUUAAAAAGUAUAUUGAAGAAAAUAUGCGAGUUAAAACAUAAUCAGUGGCAUCGUUUCCUUCCAGCUGCACUGUUCGCCAUGAGGGAAAUUCCAAGUGAUACAACAGGUUUCUCACCAUUUGAGAUUUUAUAUGGCCGUCAAGUGAGAGGUCCCUUGACAAUAUUGAAGGAACUAUGGACAAAUUCGGAGAUGUCUGCAAAGGAAACUGAUCUUUAUUCUUUUGUUUUGGAACUACGUGAAAAGUUGUCUGAUGUUUCUGAUUUGGCUGUUCAGAACAUGAAUAUAUCUUUCAGUAAAUAUAAGUCUUAUUUUGAUUUGAAGAGUAGUAAGCGCCGAUUUAAAGCUGAUGAUGAAGUGCUUUUGCUUAUUCCAGAAAAACAAGGUAAAUUGCAGUUCUCAUGGAGAGGUCCAUACAAGAUAAUUGAUAAGCAUGGUCCAGUUGACUACUGGGUAAACGUAGAGGGUAAGAAGAGACUGUAUCAUAUCAAUCUUAUGAAGAAAUAUUACCGUAGAGAGAAUGUUAAUAUGUUACAUGUAGCAGAUGAAGAUAUGACUGGAAUGAUAAACACUGUUCAUGUUAACAAAGUUGCUGUUAUUAAUGCUGAUGAGGAUGAUUAUCUGAAAAUUGAAAUUGUGGAUACCAAUCAGAGUACAUGCAACAUAAACCCUAAUCUUUCAGAUGCACAGAAAGAUGAUCUUCAUAACUUAUGUCAGAAGUACAAACAUGUAUUUUCAGAUAAACCAGGUUAUUUCAGCAGUUUUCCCUCUCCAUUGGUUAUUUCAGCAGUUUUCCCUUUAUUUGGUUAUUUCAGCAGUUUCCCAUCUCCAUGGUUAUUUCAGCAGUUUUCCCUCUCCAUUGGUUAUUCAGCAGUUUUCCUCUUCCCAUUUGGUUAUUCAGCAGGUUUUCCUCUCCAUGGUUAUUUCAGUAGUUUUUCUCCUCUUUGGUUAUUUCAGCAGUUUUCCCUCUCCAUGGGUUAUUUCAGCAGUUUUUCCCUCUCCAUGGGUUAUUUCAGCAGUUUUUCCCUCUCCAUGGGUUAUUUCAGCAGUUUCCCUCUCCUUGGUUUCAGCAGUUUUCCCUCUCCUUUGGCAUCAGCAGUUUCCUCCUCUUUGGUUAUUUCAGCAUUUUCCCUCUCCAUUGGUUAUUUCAGCAGUCUCUCCAUUGGUUAUUUCAGCAGUUUUCCCUCUCCAUUGUUCUCUUUGGUUAUUUCAGCAGUUUUCCCUAUCUUUGGUUAUUUCAGCAGUAACCUGGUUACACCUUGCAGUAGGAGAGUUUCACGUCGCAUGCCCGGACAGAUCAUCUACAACUUCAAAAAACCGUUCGUCGCUGCGGACGACUGCAGUGGAGUAACGACCGCCUACAAUGUUAAGGGAAUAAGCACCAUCAUAAAUGAACAGGCUUAUUUCGUGGAUCUCCUGGACCGUCACCCAUAUCCCAGCGUUAAUUUUGUUUUCAAUGCGUAA